GCGGGGCGCGGGGCCCGCCGCUGGGCUGAGCCCCGGCUGUGGCGACGGCGGCGGCGGGCGGCAGCGGAGGCAGCUGCCGCCUCUGUCCUCGGGUCCGCUCCGCUCCGCUCCCUGGUGUGUUGAUUCUUCCCCCAGCUGCUGCCUAAUGGAGUCCAGGCGCUCGCGUCACAGGAAAUGCCUAUACUGCCCUCCUCACUCACUUCCGGUGGCAGCACUGGCCCAGCACCUCCUUCUCCCUCCCAGCUGCCUCUUGAGUCACUGCCCAGUUUAGGCAGCAGUGACGAAGCUCAAGCAGUUGCCUCCAAAACAUGCAUCCUAAGGAGAAUGCAGACUCCACCUGAGACCCGGGCUGGAAUUUUUUAAGUCAGUCUCUCAAGACUCAGCUCAUUUCGGACGGACCUCCUCAGGGGAGCCUUUCACGACUCCAGCCUCCUAGCCUCGCUACCUCCCACUGCUUUCCCACGACCCCCAGUGACAACAUACCUACGUUUAUGGAUUCGUGGAGUGUAACCACUCUUCCAGUAUUGCUCGGGAACAGCAAACACUCCUCUUGCUGGACUGUGCCCAGUCACCCACUCACCACUGGUGGCCCGGAAACCCUGGGCAGCUGGGCGGCCUCACAGGAAGAUGGAACGCAUUUCAGGGCAGCGUCUCCGUGGAGUCUCCCGGUGCCGGAUUUGGUCCAUGGGGAGGGGAGGCCCUGCCUGCACUCGAAAUGCAGCCCCUGAAGGGUGGGAUCUGGACAUGGGAGUGGAGCUGUUUCACAGCAGCACUUCCAGGAAAGCAAAUCUUAGUGCCACACUCAAUUAUUGGUCCUUAUACCCAGAGGACAUGUUUGCGCCCCGGUGAUCAGCUCUCUUAGGGAGCGCCCUCGAGGGUGCAAGACAGCACGAGUGCUAUCCCAGGACUGGUGCCAGUGUUCACCAUCUUUCUGACUCCAAAUGGCCGGGCACCUGACCUGCUGACCUACCUCUCCCUCUGGGUAGCACCAGUUUUACCUGUCAUGACAGUAAUGGUACCUCCCUUUGCCUCGCCCUCUUCCUCACUCCUACUGCUCAGAUCAAAGAUCCAUGCAGACCUGUCAUGUGCCCUUGAGGAUGAAGCCACAUGCUUGAGACAGAAGAAGGCUGAGACCCUGAUGAUUUCACAGAGCUGCCAGCGCAGUUCCUGACCAUUUACUUCCGGUUCUCAGUAAACGGAGACAGUCAACCCAAGUGUGGAAACGACUGGGUUUUCUGUUACCCACAGCCAAACCUAACUGUGACCCAUCCAGCGACCCUCGGCCAUUUCCAGCUGCUGAGGUAAGGAACAAAGACCAUCCAGUUUGCUCCUAUGAGGUUUGCCUGCAGUAGCCCAGAUAUUCGCCACGUGCAGUGCACUGUGGCUGCUAUAUGAAGAUGAAGGCCCAGUCUCUGCUCAGCAAUGCUGUUUAUAUUCCACAUGCAGUUCCUCGGGCAUCUUAUCAAUGUUACAGCCACACGACGUUGGACGAAACAGCGUUCUCCAAGGACCUGCUGUACAUGUUUGAUAAUUGCCUUUGAUGAGUUACGGACGGAUUUCAAGAGCCCCAUAGAUCAGUGCAACCCUGUUCAUGCGAGGGAACGACUGAGGAACAUAGAGCGCAUCUGCUUCCUUCUGCGAAAGCUGGUGCUGCCAGAAUACUCCAUCCACAGCCUGUUCUGCAUCAUGUUCCUGUGUGCUCAGGAGUGGCUCACCCUGGGGCUGAAUGUCCCCCUACUUUUCUAUCACUUCUGGAGGUACUUCCACUGCCCGGCAGACAGCUCUGAGCUGGCCUACGACCCGCCGGUGGUCAUGAACGCAGACACCUUGAGUUACUGUCAGAAGGAGGCCUGGUGUAAACUGGCCUUCUACCUCCUGUCCUUCUUCUACUACCUGUACUGCAUGAUCUACACUUUAGUGAGCUCUUAACUCACAGACCACGCAUGUCAUCAGAGACGGGAUGGGAGAGGCCUGCGGCUGAGAAGUCACUUCUGCUGGCAAUUGGAAAAGGAACCAGAGUGGGGAUGUGUGAGAAAGAGACCCAGCAGACACUGAAUCGGGAACUGGAACCAGGCAGCAGCCGGUGGGCCCAGUUCACUGUGUGCAUAUGUCGUUGCCCCGUGUAUCACACUGUUUGGUGUUCGUACCCCACACUGAGUGUUUCAUCACCCCACAACAAGGUUGCAGCUCCCUUCUGAGCAGCGGGGGGGCUCGUGGGCGUGGGUGAUGAAACACUAGACCACUCUGGAGUGAGAAUUGCUGCCUUCGGAAUCCACUUCCUCAAACAACUCUCCACAAGCUCACACUGAGGCCCUGAACCGUGGGAGUGGAAAGCUGGAAGGUGUCUGCUGAGGAACAGAAAGACCCCGAGUUAAAGCUGAGUCUAUGGGACCCAUUGAAAGCCUGAAGGACGUCGUGGGCUACCUAAGGCUCUUGUGUUUCUUCCAAGCCAUGGCCACUCCUUUCACCUCCAUGGGAGCAUCUGGAAGGAGUGCGCUUGCCUUCAGCUGUAACCAGCCCUGAGUUUGCAGGGGCACCUGCUUUCGUAGCCUGCUUUGGGAGAGCCCAGCUUAGUGACCUCAUGAGCUGGGUUUGGGGCAAUAUGUUGGUGAUAAGUCAUGUCCAAAGUCACGGGUGGGGGGCUGGGCCAGGGAGGGGGGAAUCAUGGGAAGAAAAGAUGUCUUUAAACAUUUACUGCAUAUCCAAGGUCGUUAGUUCUUCACCACAACAAACUGUAUUUUUCUGUUGCCACCCAGCGCCAUCGCUGUCAUUGGGUGCAGAUCAAGUGGUGAAGACUAGUCAACGCUAGGCUCCCCUGAUAGUUCCAUGCUCAGAAAAUGCUGGACUGGCUGCUCUGAACUGUGGGCAUUUGGCAACAAAGAAAUGAGACGACGUAAUUAUAGCUUCCUCAUAUGAUGCUGUAGCGUUCGUACCGUUUAGGUCAACACUGAGGAUGUUUGCUUACCUAGAAUUUUCCACGUGCCGUUCUCUCCUUUUUGUGCAGGAGCUGUGCUCGGGGCUGUAAAUAACGACAAGGCUGAGAUUUUUAUAAUGUUCCAAUCGGGCACAAUGAUUUUGACCCCAUUCCCCCAAUGCCCCUUCUUUUCUUCUGUUUGACACACACAGGCUAUUUAUACAUGUACCCAGAUCCCAUCUGAACCCUGUGACUCAGGCUUAUGAAUGGUGUUUGUGUAACGCGUCGUGUGCUCUGUUUAAAACGCAGUGACAACUUGAGUGUCUCACCUGCCUGGCUGUCUCAUUUAAACCCCAUUACUGCCUGGAUUCAUCUCCAUGUGGUUGGUAAACUGGUAGGUAGAAAAAGCAAAGUUUCAAAAAGGCAUUUGGCUUCUAAAAAUUCUACAGAAAACAAAAUACAGACUUUUGCUCUUAGGCUGCAGGUAUAAAACCAGCGAAUUCGAGGUGCUGUUUGUGGGAGCAGACUUCCCCUUGGCCAGUGCCCAUCGUCCAGGCUGGGUAAGUGAGAUUGGGGCAGAGACUCACCUUUAGGGCUGGUUGGCCUUGUGUUUGAUGCCGUUGCUGAGAAGACGGGCUCCCUCCAUCCAGAGAACUAGCUCGGGCUCCCAGGCUGCAGACAGCAAAUCUAACUCCACAGCUAUCUUGCAAAUGCAGCUGAAUGGAGCGGGUAAAUGGUUUAGGUUAAGUCUCACCGUGGAGCUAUUUUGUUUGUUUCUUUUUCUAUUUUUGCCGCCUUCCAAGAAAAAUUUGAAGUGGCUUAUAAUAGCGGACAGUAGUACACGAAGAUGGUUAAAGUGGAAAUGCAGAUUCCAACUUAUAAAGGAGAUACUUUAUCGUGUCUCCUGAGAUACUCUAUUUACUGUGGCUGAGAGUUGAAGUUGGUAUCAUUUCUCUUAGCAGUAAAUAACAGCAAUUCACAUUUCCACAGUGCUGAACAGUUUACAGACUGCUUUCAUGUUUUCUCAUUUGACCUUCCUCACAAUCCUAUGAAGUUGAGACUAUUCUUUUUCCUAUUUUCUAAGUGAGGAAGCUGAGGCUCAGAGAGGGUAAGUGACUCACCUAUCAUCACACAGCCUUUGAAUCCAGGUCAUGUGACUUUAUAAACCCCACAUCGUUUCCAUUAUGCCUGAAAGCUAGCAAAGUAACUUAGGUCCUGUUAAGGUUUGAUAAGUAGCAUUAACUUUUUUAAAUUUUUUAUUUAGUAGUCUAGCAAGUUUUAUCUUUCUCUGCUAUUGUUAAGAAUCUCUUUUUUUUUUAAUUUAAAGAUUUUAUUAG